AUGGAAGACUACCGCUACGAGCAGGAGAGUGCUGAUCCCGACUACGACGACGAAACAAUGUCCCAGCCCGACGCCGCAGACAAUGGCUCGCACGAGGGCCACGACGACGACGUCUUCAGCGACAACAGCCCGCGCAGUUCCAUGGGCUCCAUGUCCGAGGCCGACCCGCGCAAAACGGGCCACGAUGGCCUCCGGUCGCCGCGCAUCUCCGACAUCCAGCAGUACGACGAGGGCGAGUACGCAAAGACCACGCCGCGAUCGUCGCUGAGGUCUACCUCGGCCAAGGUCACCUCGCCCACCGAGGGCUCUGGCAUUCCUCGCUCCGGCCGUCGCAGCGCCCUGCCCACCGUUUCCCGCUUGGGUUCGCCCAGCCUGUCUGCGCAGUACUCGGCCAAGAAGACGCCCCCGCGCUUCAAGAAGAACGACCCGCCGCUGGUGCUUCUGCACGUCACUCUUUUGCCACUGAGGUGGGCGUGGGGCGAUGUUUUGGAUGAGGCCAAGACGAGCGAGCUCAGCGAGGGCGUCAAGACUCUGCGCGAGGCCUGGCGACAGCUCCAGGACACCAUCGGCGACACCAUCCAGGACCGCGGCGUCCUCUUGCCUCACCCGCAGAACGAUUUUGAGGUCAUGGAGGAGCGUCUCCUGGAGGCGCUGGAGCUGCCCUUUAAGAGCCGAGCGCGCAUCCUUGAGUGCGGCCACUAUCUUGGCCCUUCCAAUGAGAUGCCCUUUGCCGACGAGCAUGACAGUGAGGACGACGACACCUACGAUGACGACAGGUCGGCCCGUGCCAGUGUGCCGAAGAAGGACACCCACUGGUGCACCACCUGUUCUUGCGAGAUCCCAGUCGAUGCUCUGGGAGCUGGCAAGAUUUACCGCGUCAAGGUCUAUGCCAGCAACGGCCUGCUGAGGGCUGGUGCGUGGGAGGCCUGCUGGAAGGAGAUGGAGCGCGUCGACAUUGAGCUAGAACCCAUGAUGGACGCCAAGCUCCAGGAUGAGCUGGUGCACCUUGCGGCGCGCCAGGAUAGAGUCAUCCACUCCAAGAGCAGAGCUGGCAGACGACGUCUCUCGUCCCGCGUCCAGGACGUCGAGGACGAGCGGGAGGAGGAAGACUUUGAUGAAACGGCUGCCAGCGAGGGCCAAGAAUCCUUCAUGGCCCAAGGCAGAAGUGCAUCCCGACGAUCGGUGUCGUACGACAAAACAUCGCCUGCAUACCGUGAGAUGAACGGUGGAAAAUCCCGCUCCCAGGAAGACGCUUUUGGCCAGAACAAGACACAGAGCCGCUUCAAGGCUGGCAGUUUCCCCGACAUGGUUGUCAAUGCCUUCAAGAAGCUGUUGGACGACAAGAGGAACUUGGCCAUUCUCCUGUUGAGCGCCCUGACCGUGGUGGUUGCACUCCGUGGCGGCGUCAACAAUCGAUUCUACGACGGCAUCGCCCCCUUCCAGCCCGAAUUGACCGAGUCCUUCGAGACGCCGACCACGGUUGUGACCGAGGAUAUUGGUGAGGGAGAAGCGCAAGUCGGAGAAGACGGCGAGGACUUCUCAUCCACCUCUGGAAUUGAGAAUCUGUUCACAAGCCUGGCCAAGAAUGACGGAGAGAACCCCUGUGCAGAGCCACAGACCGUCGAGAAGUGGAUGACCGCUACUGUUACCCAGAUGAGUACCGUAACACGUACCGACAUGCCACAAGCAGAUGAUGACUUGUUCUCGGAGGGUGAUGAGGAGGAUGAAGAGGAUGACGAGCCUUCGUUCGCAUCCGCAGACGGCCUUUACCUUGGAGAUGGUAUUAUGGAUGAGGAGGAACUCAAGGGUGCUGGUGGAAAUCAGGGGCAGAGUGACUGGCAGUGGGGAAGUCCCUUCAAGUUCCCCUGGUAA